UCGCAUCCAGUCUGGAGUUGAACAUCGAAGAAAACGGCAGCAAAAUCGAAAACUGCUCCUCGAGAACCGUGAACUCUAGAAGGGACUGUGUGAGAGCAGCCAGGAGUCCAAUCAGACACAAAUACACACACAAAGACAUUUACACCCAUACACUGACACUGACACGCACACAACCGAAUCGGUCGCCUGUACGAACACACCCUCUCGCACACUCAUGCACUCGUGUACAUAUUGCUUACAUAAAGUCUAAGGAAAAAUCGAUAGGAGUGCAUUAAUAAUUCAGCGAAAACGAAGAGGAAAAGGUCUCGAGCAAAUAUCUUCAAGUAGUGCGAGUUUUCCGCCUCUGCUAACGGUGAAGAAAAGUUCCAGGCCUCGUGAAAAAAAAUAUGACUAAUCUGCAGUGACGACAUACGCGCCCCUUACACAAUUUCUCUACACCAAUUAAUCGCUGAAAUCCAUUCAAGACGGGCAUUUUCCCAUUGGCUAUUGUGAAAAAAUGGUCACCGAAAAUGGAGGAGCACAGGGCGAUGGAAACACUUCCUUCCUGCGUGCCGCUCGCGCCGGAAAUCUGGAGCGUGUGCUCGAGCAUUUGAAGAACAACAUUGACAUUAACACCAGCAAUGCGAAUGGCUUGAAUGCCCUGCACCUGGCCUCCAAGGAUGGCCACAUCCUCGUCGUCUCGGAACUCCUUCGUAGGGGCGCGAUUGUGGAUAGUGCCACCAAAAAGGGAAACACCGCCCUCCACAUCGCCUCAUUGGCUGGACAGGAGGAGGUGGUGAAGCUACUGCUGGAGCACAAUGCCUCCGUGAAUGUGCAAUCCCAGAAUGGAUUCACUCCACUCUACAUGGCCGCCCAGGAGAACCACGAUGCGGUGGUGCGUCUCCUUUUGUCCAACGGAGCCAACCAGAGUCUGGCCACCGAGGAUGGUUUCACCCCACUGGCGGUGGCCAUGCAGCAGGGUCAUGACAAAGUCGUUGCUGUCCUCCUCGAGAGUGAUACUCGUGGAAAGGUCAGGCUUCCUGCGCUGCACAUUGCCGCCAAAAAGGACGACGUCAAGGCAGCGACUCUGCUUCUCGAUAAUGACCAUAAUCCGGACGUGACUUCCAAGUCGGGCUUCACCCCGCUGCACAUUGCUUCCCAUUAUGGUAACCAAAACAUCGCCAACCUACUCAUCCAGAAGGGCGCCGAUGUCAACUACUCGGCCAAGCACAACAUCAGUCCGCUGCAUGUGGCUGCAAAGUGGGGCAAGACCAACAUGGUUUCCCUGCUCCUGGAGAAAGGUGGUAACAUCGAGGCAAAGACCCGGGACGGACUUACCCCGCUCCAUUGCGCCGCUCGCUCGGGUCAUGAGCAAGUAGUGGACAUGCUACUCGAACGAGGAGCUCCCAUCUCUGCCAAGACCAAAAAUGGCUUGGCACCCCUCCAUAUGGCCGCCCAGGGUGAGCACGUGGAUGCCGCCCGCAUCCUCUUGUACCAUCGUGCUCCCGUCGACGAGGUGACAGUGGACUAUCUCACUGCCCUUCAUGUGGCUGCUCACUGUGGUCAUGUUAGGGUGGCUAAGCUUCUACUGGAUCGAAAUGCUGAUGCCAAUGCAAGGGCUUUGAAUGGAUUCACUCCACUGCACAUUGCUUGCAAGAAGAACCGCUUGAAGGUGGUGGAGUUGCUCUUGCGACAUGGUGCCAGCAUUAGUGCCACCACAGAGAGUGGACUUACUCCGCUCCAUGUGGCCGCCUUCAUGGGCUGCAUGAACAUUGUCAUCUAUCUGCUGCAGCACGAUGCCAGUCCCGAUGUGCCCACUGUGCGCGGAGAAACGCCACUCCAUCUGGCCGCCAGAGCCAACCAGACCGACAUCAUUCGCAUCCUGCUGCGCAAUGGCGCCCAGGUGGACGCACGUGCCCGAGAGCAACAGACACCGCUGCACAUCGCUUCGCGACUGGGUAAUGUGGACAUCGUGAUGCUCCUGCUGCAACAUGGCGCCCAAGUGGACGCAACCACCAAGGACAUGUACACGGCACUUCACAUCGCAGCCAAGGAGGGCCAGGAUGAGGUGGCCGCUGUACUAAUUGAUAACGGCGCCGCCUUGGAUGCCGCCACCAAGAAGGGAUUCACUCCACUUCACUUGACGGCCAAAUAUGGACACAUUAAGGUCGCCCAGUUGCUGCUCCAAAAGGAGGCGGAUGUGGAUGCGCAGGGCAAGAACGGUGUCACCCCAUUGCAUGUGGCUUGCCACUACAAUAACCAGCAGGUUGCCUUGUUGCUUCUGGAGAAGGGAGCAAGUCCACAUGCCACGGCCAAGAAUGGACAUACCCCGCUCCAUAUUGCCGCAAGGAAGAACCAGAUGGACAUAGCUACUACUCUAUUGGAAUAUGGCGCUUUGGCCAAUGCCGAGAGCAAGGCCGGAUUUACUCCACUCCAUUUGAGCAGCCAGGAGGGUCAUGCCGAGAUCUCCAAUCUGCUGAUCGAGCACAAGGCCGCCGUCAAUCAUCCGGCCAAGAAUGGUCUAACUCCCAUGCAUCUGUGUGCCCAGGAGGAUAAUGUGAAUGUGGCCGAGAUUCUGGAGAAGAACGGCGCCAAUAUCGACAUGGCCACCAAGGCAGGCUACACUCCUUUGCAUGUGGCCUCUCAUUUUGGCCAGGCCAACAUGGUACGUUUCUUGCUUCAGAAUGGAGCCAAUGUGGAUGCGGCCACCUCGAUUGGCUAUACUCCGCUCCAUCAGACCGCCCAGCAGGGUCAUUGUCAUAUUGUGAAUCUCCUGCUGGAGCACAAGGCCAAUGCCAAUGCCCAGACGGUCAAUGGACAGACGCCUUUGCACAUUGCUCGCAAACUGGGCUACAUAAGUGUCCUGGACUCGUUGAAAACCAUCACCAAGGAGGACGAAGCAGCUGCUGCUCCGGCCCAAGCCGAGGAGAAGUAUCGCGUGGUGGCUCCCGAGGCCAUGCACGAGUCCUUCAUGUCCGACUCCGAGGAAGAGGGCGGCGAAGACAAUAUGCUAUCAGAUCAACCAUACCGCUAUUUGACCGUUGAUGAAAUGAAAUCCCUAGGCGACGACUCGCUGCCCAUCGAUGUGACCCGUGAUGAGCGCAUGGACUCCAACCGGAUGACCCAGAGCGCCGAGUAUGCCUCUGGAGUUCCGCCCACCAUUGGAGAGGAGGUUAUCAGUCCCCACAAGACCCAGGUCUAUGGCAGUUCACCCAAGGCCACCGUUGAUGGAGUUUACAUUGCCAAUGGUCACGAUGAGCCGCCGCAUGUGGGUCGCAAGUUAAGCUGGAAAAGCUUCUUGGUGUCCUUCCUGGUGGAUGCCCGCGGAGGAGCAAUGCGUGGCUGUCGGCACAGUGGCGUCCGAAUGAUCAUUCCCUCUAGGUCCACUUGUCAGCCAACCAGGGUAACCUGUCGUUAUGUGAAGCCGCAGCGCACCAUGCAUCCGCCCCAGUUGAUGGAGGGCGAGGCUUUGGCCAGUCGUGUCCUGGAACUAGGUCCUUGCUCCACCAAGUUUAUUGGGCCUGUGGUCAUGGAGGUGCCACACUUUGCAUCGCUGCGUGGCAAGGAGCGCGAGAUCAUCAUACUGCGAUCGGACAAUGGAGAAACAUGGCGGGAGCACACCAUCGAUAACUCCGAGGAGAUCAUCCACGAUGUCCUGCAGCAGUGCUUUGAACCAGAGGAGAUUGCCCAACUGGAGGAGCAGGCUGGCAACCAUGUCUGCCGCUUUGUCACCUACGACUUCCCCCAGUACUUCGCUGUCGUAUCGCGCAUACGCCAGGAGGUCCAUGCCAUUGGACCGGAGGGCGGCAUGGUGUCCAGCACCGUGGUGCCACAGGUGCAGGCCGUCUUCCCACAGGGAGCCCUCACCAAGAAGAUCAAAGUUGGCUUACAGGCCCAACCGGUCGAUCCCGAUCUCACGGCGAAGCUUUUGGGUCGCGGCGUGGCCGUAUCCCCAAUUGUUACGGUCGAGCCGCGUCGCCGUAAAUUCCACAAGGCCAUCACCCUCAGCAUGCCCGCACCCAAGGCUCACAGCCAGGGUAUGAUCAACCAGUAUUCGGGCAAUACGCCCACCCUGCGUCUGCUAUGCUCCAUCACAGGCGGACCAUCUCGUGCUCAAUGGGAAGAUGUCACCGGUUCCACGCCCUUGACAUUUGUCAAUGACUGCGUCUCCUUUACGACCACAGUAUCAGCUCGUUUCUGGCUGAUGGAUUGCCGCAACAUUUCGGAUGCCACCAAAAUGGCCACUGAACUGUACAAGGAAGUCAUCCAUGUGCCGUUUAUUGCCAAGUUUGUGGUAUUCGCCAAGAAGGUGGAACCAUUCGAAGCUAGACUCCGGGUCUUUUGCAUGACCGACGAUCGUGAGGACAAAACUCUGGAAAAGCAUGAGCUCUACACGGAAGUGGCCAAGAGCCGUGAUGUCGAGGUCCUCGAGGGCAAGCCGCAGUACAUCGAGAUGGCUGGCAAUCUGGUUCCAGUGACCAAAUCUGGCGACCAGCUCCAGGUGCAAUUCAAGGCCUUCCGAGAGAACCGCCUACCGUUCACAGUACGAGUCAAGGAUCAACAUGCCGACAUUGUUGGACGCACUUUGUUCAUGAAGGAACCGAAGGUGGCCAAGGGCGAGCCACCGCAACAGCCCAUCUGUAUCCUGAACAUCGUUCUUCCGGAGGCUGUAAUUCCGGAUUCCACGACCGCCUUUUCGGACCGCGUCACCUCCGCCUACAGGACCUCAAUGUUUAGCUUGAGCAAGCAUCAAAAUGACCAUUACAUUGGCGACAUCCGCAUCGUCGAUCUAUCCAACCUGUUGGGUAAGGAUUGGAUUCAGCUGGCCCCGGAGAUUGGCAUCAAUGGGGAGGAGAUCGAUGAGAUCAUCAACCAAAACACAGAUAGCAUUGCCAGGCAGGCGCAGAGCAUGAUUCGCCUGUAUAAGGACAAACCUAACUACGAUAUUCUUUCGCUGGAAACGGCACUCAAAAACAUUGGACGAGACGACAUCAUGAAAAAGUGCAAGAGUGGACGACUAUCGCAUUCGCGUGAAUUCGACGAGGCGGACCUUAUGAAAAACUCGGAGUCCGUGGAGGAACUGGUUCGCAGGGAAAGCAAGCGAAUCCAGCAAAUUAACGAACGCGAAGAAGUCAAAUACUCUGCCGAGGAGAAGGAAGUCGAGGAAUCGGAGUCUGAUGAAGAAGCUGCCAAGCGAACAGUAGCCGAACGGCGGGAAAAGAUUGUUAAGCGUCUGUCCAUCGAACGAUCAAUUCCUGCCUCCACUCAGAAAAAAGAGAUCACCCGCGAAAUAACCGAAAUCAAGCGUAAGAGUCUAAUCGAGGACAAGAAGGCUCAUCAUGAGUCCGAAAUUCUGAUGCAACUGCCUGCCGAUAACGUGAUUAUCAAGACAACAACUGUUCCCGACCAAGUCAUUAAGAUGAAGAUGGGCAAGAUGGACUCAACCGAGGUAAGCAAGAGCGAGUUCGACAAGGAACUUACGCACAAGUUCAAGACAUCCGGACGUAGCUCAGAGGAGGAAGACCAGCCAUCGUCACCAGAUCAGACUGACAAGAUUGUCCAGGACAUUAGUGCUGCCGAAAAGAAGGAGAAGGAUGGCGUGACCUUCAGCCGAGUGACGACAAUAACACGCCAAGAGGCCCGCGACAUUACCGAAGACUUCUUAGAGAUUGAGAAGCGCAGCCAGCUCCCGGCAACUUCCACAACCGCAACAGUUCAUGAGAAGUUCGUUGAGGAGAUCAAGGAGAAGACCAGCCCUCUGGCUUCAGUGCCGCAAGAAACAGUCAAGGAGGUGCAACAAGUCAUCAGCGAGGUGACCGAAAUAGCCAGCAAGAAGGUUGAAAACAUUAUUAGCUCCUUUGAGAGUAGCAAGUCUGUGGAUGCUACUCCCGUUCUGCCCACACAGCCGUCUGUCGAAUCAUCGAAGGUUAGCGAGACCAUUAAAAACCUAGAGGAUUCAAAGGCCGUGCCUGCGGAGCAAGUGAAGACUGUCCAGGUUAUCGAGAGCUCAAGUAUUGAGGAGACAAUUGCUGAAUUUGAAGCCAAGAAGGUCAAAUAUGACUUCCAUGGCGGUGAGCCCAAAACACAGAUCCCAAAGUUCACGCGGAAGCCUAGCGAUGACUCGAUGAAGCCUACCGCAGCUCCACGUGCUACAGUUGAAUCCGAAACUGAAUCGGUCAUUGAGACUAAGGUUGAAAAACCGAUCUCAAAGAUACCAGUCAAGACAAUACCAACCGAAGCUCAGAAGGUUAGCGAAGUAGAUGCACGUAAGAUUACUCAAGACUUCCUCCAGUGUGAGAAACUGGCGGCCGAACCCAAGCCAUCGCCAGCAGCCAGCAAGAUACCCAAGGUGGAGCCGAGGAAAUCUGUGGAUAAGCAGGUCGAUCGGGAAUCAAAAGUAUUGGAUGAUGUUGUGGCCUCUACGGCCACCAUUAUGACCGCCGGACUGGGAGGUGAGCAGCUCAAAGAUCAACUCGUCGAUCACUCUGAAAUUAUCGCCAAAUCCGAAACAGUCGCCGAAAAGGUAACCGAACUGCUUGACACAUUCCACAAGAUCGAGGAGAAGGUCACCAAAUCUGAAAAGACCUCGGAAAUAUCGAGCAAAGUGGAGGAACUAGUUAAAAUCGAGGACAAACCUCUCUCACAAGUUCAACCCAAGGAGGACAAGGUGGCGGAAAAGGUUGCUGAAGUUAUCGAAACAUUCCACAAAAUCGAGGAGCAGAUCACCACUGCCGAUGCCCGCCAGCUCACUCGUGAUUUCCUGAGCAUGGAGCAACAAAACCAAUUGCCGAGCAUGCCACAAGCUGCUGAGAAGCCCCUUGAAUCUAGUUUGACAUCCACAAGUGCUUCGGAACCAGAAUCAAUAGUCACAGUGAAGCCAUCACCCCCAGCGAGUAAGAUACCUGUAGUGGAACCCAGGAAAAUCGUUUUCGACGAAUCUACAAAGCCUCUGAUCGAGACUGAGCCAUUGAAGACCACUGAAAAGAAGCCUCUUAAUGAGCGACAACAAACCGCUGAUUUCUUAAGCAUGGAGCAACAAACCCAGCUGGUCUCUGAGCCUGCCAAAUCGUUGGUGGAAGAGGUGAUGAAGUCCGCCGAGCAAAUGGUGGAGCAACCAAAACAGAAAAAGCCCCUGAAUGAGCGACAACUUACAGAGGACUUCCUGCUUAUGGAACAGCAGACACAACUGCCUUCAGACAUUGUUAAGCCAACGGAUAAGCUGAUCGAUGGUAUUGAGUCUGCAGCGCCGGUUGGAGAUGAAGCAUCACCGUUCCACACGCCCAAGCUGACCACCAGUGUGGUGACACAGGAGCCACAGCAACUGGCGAGCGAAUAUGACAGUGACACUUUCGGCAAACAGGCCACCAUGCCGUUAGGAGACUCACAGAUGGACCAGGGACUCACUGCACCAGUAUCCAUGGAGCCACGAAAGUCACUGACCGAUGCCGAGUUCUGCAAAUCGGUGGGCGAAACAAUCACCAAGAAGAUGAGUGUGGGAGUGAUUGAAAUAAGUGAUGAGCUCAAGAAAAUUGAGAGCGAAAUCCCACAUUCCCAGACUCCUCCACCAACACCGAGUGACAACAAAACCGACAAGCAGAACGAAGAGCCAGAACUGAUCAGCUUGGAACGUGAUUACCUGACCGACACUGUGACCACCCUGCACACAACUACAGAGUCGACCCUCGAACGCGUUUCUGCCAUUACCAAAAUUGAGCACUUCAGUGUUCAUAAUGUAAAAUCCGAAACCUUUACAAGAACAGAUGAACCUGAUAAGCUGCUCCAUAGUGUGGUAGCUCCCCCCGAUAUUCAGAAAUUGUACUCACAAGACACUACCUCAUUUACAGAAAUGAGUACAAGUAGUCAAACACCGAAGAUGACAACAACGACGACCAUGACAGCACAAAUAGAUCGCACCAAAGUAGAUUUGACUAUUCCUGGGCAAGAUCAGCAAAAACACAAGGAUCUGAAGGAGCAGUCCGCAGUAGUUGUAGAUGCAAAAACAGAGGCAGAGAAGACCGCCAGUGAUAGGGAGUAUUUAGAAGAAAUUAUGGGCUGUGGUGAUGUCAGACGCAAGAUCAUGCGUUUGGAGAGCAGUUGCAGCACAGAAUCAUUGGAGUCGGUGGGAAAGUCAUCCACUGUGACACCCAAAUAUAUAGGCGACAAUGUGCCAGUGGUGCGAGAGGUGGUGCAGAGUAUGGAGGAUAAGAUCUGCAGUACAGUGGUGUCGGCCAUUCCGUUUACCGUGCAAAAACGCAAGCCCCAUGAAGAUGACAAGGAACCCAAUGUAGUAGAACUAGAAAAGCAAAUACUUACGCCAGCACAUUUGGCCCUGGAAAAGAUAUUCAAAUGUGAACCACCCUCUGAGGUUGUAAAAAUUUCACCCAUCGAGGCCAUGUCUCUUGGCCUUAAAGAGAUUGAUGAAGAGGUUUGUGAAAAAGUUUGUGAGAAGCGCAAGUCCUUUGUGGUAGCUGAAGACUUAUGUGAAACGGAAAAGACUUUAACUGAACAGGUAAUAGAUUUAAAUAGGCAAGUAGACCAGGUACCUGAAAGGGUUUUUACUGAGACUAUUGAAAGGCAUUUAGACUUAGAAGAUAGGGAUGUCAUUGAGGCGUUACCAAAGGUUAAGGAAGUUGUGCAGGACAUUGAACGUAAAUAUCCUGCGGCUAGCUUAGAGGCCAAACCUUUCAGUCCACGCAAGCGCACAACCCCAGACCGUAAGGUUGAUGUUUCGUCCUUAGAGCAGCAGAUUUUAACCGACGCCGAUCUGAUUUUAGAUGGUUUAGGCUCUAAGUGUGUACCAGAACAAAAGGUACAGUCGCCCAUUUUUGCAUCGAACAAGGCAAGCAGUAGUAUUGAAAAUCUAGAAGAUAUUUGCGAAAAGAAAUGCUCAAAGCGCACAAUCUCAGAUAUGGCAAAGGUCUUUGAAAGGCAAGAAGACCCAACAACUAUGCCAUCUAUUAAAAAUGUGAAGUCGACAACUACCAAGUUCCUAGAGUGCGAGUCAGGGAAGUUCGCUAUUACAGAAAGUAUUCAGGAUAUUACUACCAAGGGUAGUUUAAAUGAAGAAGUAGCUGCGAUUGAAAAAGGUCAAAUUAGAUUUUUAAAAGAUUGUGAUACACACGAAUUUCCAAUAGAAACGAAUUUGGAAACAAAAUUCGUAGAAUUUCCAAAAAUUUCACACACCCUCGAACGAUUACAUUCCAUUUCGAAGACUGACAUUGCUGAUACAAAGAAAAUCGUCCACGAAUCUAGUGAAUUUAAAUCAAAAAUAGAUAAACUCGUGCACAAGACAGCGCAAGCAGAUAACCAAAAUCCUGACAAAAUUAAGUUUCUUUCUCAGGACAAUUUCGAUGAACUUCAAACACAAAAGAGCUUGACCUCUGAACUUGUUACAAUGACUGAUAAAUUUCCACCUGAAGGGAAAUCUUAUUUAGGUAAGGAACCAAUUGAAAGCGAAAGCGACGAGGAACUGGACAAUUUAAACAAAAAAUGCAAGCUUCAGCUCUUAUCAAAAAUUGAACAGUCAUCUUUUAUUGAUACAACCGAGAUCGUCAAGAGUACUGAAAAAAGAGAUAUAACCAAAUUUCCAACGGCAAACGAUAGUCAAGGUGAGAUGUUUAGCAAAUCAGGAGCCACACUUAAAAAACCAUCAGGGGGAAAAACAGACUGCAUUCACUCAACUGAAACAAUAUCUUCUGUAACAGCUAGUGGGGUUAAAUCUCCCCUCCAUCCGGAGGAAAAACCAAAGUCGCCUGAGAAGAAAGACGAACAGGUCCUAGCUAAACCAGACGACAGUUCCAAGUCGGUCGUUGAGACUGAUAAGCCCAGUCCUAAAGAAUAUUCGGACGAUGAAACCGAUGACGAAAUAGAUAUUCCCAAGCCACAAGACAAGCCUAUUAGCCACCCAACUUCUUUGGUAACUGGUGUUCCAGGUGGUGGGGUUAAAUCUCCUCUCCAUUCUGAGGAAAAACCAAAGUCGCCUGAGAAGAAAGACGGAAAUGUCCUAGAUAAACCAGACGACAGUUCCAAGUCGGUCGUUGAGACUGAUAAGCCCAGUCCUAAAGAAUAUUCGGACGAUGAAACCGAUGACGAAAUAGAUUUUCCCAAGCCUCAAGACAAGCCUCUUAGGGAAGCAACUCCAUCAGUGACACCCUUCACUACUAUCCCUGACGUAAAGGCCAGAGAUGUUAUUUCCUUCAAGGCAGAAGAAAGUUCAACAACAGUUCAAACAACUAUUAAGUUAGCAAGCACUAGUAUAACAACAGAGGAUACCAAGAUAGUUAAACCGACUGAUUCGCUUUCACAAUUGAAAGACGAUAAGAUCCCAACCUCAGUAGGAGACAAGGCACCAAAAGAGUCAGUAAAGCCUAUGUUAAAAGAGUAUUCGGACGAUGAAACUGAUAACGAAAUAGAUAUUCCCAAGCCACAAGACAAGCCUAUUAGCCACCCAACUUCUUUGGUAACUGGUGUUACAUGUGGUGGAGCUAAAUCUCCUCUCCAUUCUGAGGAAAAACCAAAGUCGCCUGAGAAGAAAGAAGGAAAGGUCCUAGAUAAACCAGACGACAGUUCCAAGUCGGUCGUUGAGACUGAUAAGCCCAGUCCUAAAGAAUAUUCGGACGAUGAAACCGAUGACGAAAUAGAUAUUCCCAAGCCACAAGACAAGCCUCUUAUGGAAGCAACUCCAUCAGUGACACCCUUCACUACUAUCCCUGACGAUACCAAGAUAGUCAAACCGAUUGAUUCGCUUUCACAAUUGAAAGACGACAAGAUACCAACCUCAGUAGGAGACAAGGCACCAAAAGAGUCAGUAAAGCCUAUGUUAAAAGAGUAUUCGGACGAUGAAACUGAUGACGAAAUAGAUAUUCCCAAGCCACAAGACAAGCCUAUUAGACACCCAACUUCUUUGGUAACUGGUGUUCCAGGUGGUGGGGUCAAAUCUCCUCUCCAUUCUGAGGAAAAACCAAAGUCGCCUGAGAAGAAAGACGAAAAGGUCCUAGCUAAACCAGACGACAGUUCCAAGUCGGUCCUUGAGACUGAUAAGCCCAGUCCUAAAGAAUGUUCGGACGAUGAAACCGAUGACGAAAUAGAUAUUCCCAAGCCACAAGACAAGCCUAUUAGCCAUCCAAUUUCUUUGGUAACUGGUGUUACAGGUGGUGGGGUUAAAUCUCCCCUCCAUCCUGAGGAAAAACCAAAGUCGCCUGAGAAAAAAGACGAAAAGGUCCUAGCUAAACCAGACGACAGUUCCAAGUCGGUCCUUGAGACUGAUAAGCCCAGUCCUAAAGAAUGUUCGGACGAUGAAACCGAUGACGAAAUAGAUAUUCCCAAGCCACAAGACAAGCCUAUUAGCCAUCCAAUUUCUUCGGUAACUGGUGUUACAGGUGGUGGGGUUAAAUCUCCCCUCCAUCCUGAGGAAAAACCAAAGUCUCCUGAGAAAAAAGACGAAAAGGUCCUAUCUAAAUCAGACGACAGUUCCAAGUCGGUCGUUGAGACUGAUAAGCCCAGUCCAAAAGAGUAUUCGGACGAUGAAACUGAUAACGAAAUAGAUAUUCCCAAGCCACAAGACAAGCCUAUUAGCCACCCAACUUCUUUGGUAACUGGUGUUACAGGUGGUGGGGUUAUGUCUCCUCUCCAUUCUGAGGCAAAACCAAAGACGCCUGAGAAGAAAGACGAAAAGGUCCUAGCUAAACCAGACGACAGUUCCAAGUCGUUCGUUGAGACUGAUAAGCCCAGUCCUAAAGAAUAUUCGGACGAUGACGAAAUAGACUUUCCCAAGCCACAAGAAAAGCCUAUUAGCAUCCCAACUUCUUUGGUAACUGGUGUUACAGGUGGUGGGGUUAAAUCUCCUCUCCAUACUGAGGAAAAACAAAAGUCGCCUGAGAAGAAAGACGAAAAGGUCCUAGCUAAACCAGACGACAGUUCCAAGUCGGUCGUUGAGACUGAUAAGCCCAGUCCUAAAGAAUAUUCGGACGAUGAAACUGAUGACGAAAUAGAUAUUCCCAAGCCACAAGACAAGCCUAUUAGCCACCCAACUUCUUUGGUAACUGGUGUUACAGGUGGUGGGGUUAAAUCUCCCCUCCAUCCUGAGGAAAAACCAAAGUCGCCUGAGAAGAAAGACGAAAAGGUCCUAGCUAAACCAGACGACAGUUCCAAGUCGGUCGUUGAGACUGAUAAGCCCAGUCCUAAAGAAUAUUUGGACGAUGAAACCGAUGACGAAAUAGAUUUUCCCAAGCCACAAGACAAGCCUAUUAGGGAAGCAACUCCAUCACCUAUUAGCCACCCAACAUCUUUGGUAACUGGUGUUACAGGUGGUGGGGUUAAAUCUCCCCUCCAUCCUGAGGAAAAACCAAAGUCGCCUGAGAAAAAAGACGAAAAGGUCCUAGCUAAACCAGACGACAGUUCCAAGUCGGUCCUUGAGACUGAUAAGCCCAGUCCUAAAGAAUGUUCGGACGAUGAAACCGAUGACGAAAUAGAUAUUCCCAAGCCACAAGACAAGCCUAUUAGCCAUCCAAUUUCUUUGGUAACUGGUGUUACAGGUGGUGGGGUUAAAUCUCCCCUCCAUCCUGAGGAAAAAUCAAAGUCGCCUGAGAAGAAAGACGAAAAGGUCCUAGCUAAACCAGACGACAGUUCCAAGUCGGUCGUUGAGACUGAUAAGCCCAGUCCUAAAGAAUAUUCGGACGAUGAAACCGAUGACGAAAUAGAUAUUCCCCAGCCACAAGACAAGCCUAUUAGCCACCCAACAUCUUUGGUAACUGGUGUUACAGGUGGUGGGGUUAAAUCUCCCCUCCAUCCUGAGGAAAAACCAAAGUCGCCUGAGAAAAAAGACGAAAAGGUCCUAGCUAAACCAGACGACAGUUCCAAGUCGGUCCUUGAGACUGAUAAGCCCAGUCCUAAAGAAUAUUCGGACGAUGAGACCGAUGUCGAAAUAGAUAUUCCCCAGCCACAAGACAAGCCUAUUAGCCACCCAACAUCUUUGGUAACUGGUGUUACAGGUGGUGGGGUUAAAUCUCCUCUCCAUUCUGAGGAAAAACCAAAGUCGCCUGAGAAGAAAGACGAAAAGGUCCUAGCUAAACCAGACGACAGUUCCCAGUCGGUCGUUGAGACUGAUAAGCCCAGUCCUAAAGAAUAUUCGGACGAUGAAACCUAUGACGAAAUAGAUAUUCCCAAGCCACAAGACAAGCCUAUUAGCCACCCAACUUCUUUGGUAACUGGUGUUCCAGGUGGUGGGGUUAAAUCUCCUCUCCAUUCUGAGGAAAAACCAAAGUCGCCUGAGAAGAAGGACGAAAAGGUCCUAGCUAAACCAGACGACAGUUCCCAGUCGGUCGUUGAGACUGAUAAGCCCAGUCCUAAAGAAUAUUCGGACGAUGAAACCGAUGACGAAAUAGACUUUCCCAGGCCACAAGAAAAGACUAUUAGCCACCCAACUUCUUUGGUAACUGGUGUUACAGGUGGUGGAGCUAAAUCUCCUCUCCAUUCUGAGGAAAAACCAAAGUCGCCUGAGAAGAAAGACGGAAAGGUCCUAGAUAAACCAGACGACAGUUCCAAGUCGGUCGUUGAGACUGAUAAGCCCAGUCCUAAAGAAUAUUCGGACGAUGAAACCGAUGACGAAAUAGACUUUCCCAGGCCACAAGAAAAGACUAUUAGCCACCCAACUUCUUUGGUAACUGGUGUUACAGGUGGUGGAGCUAAAUCUCCUCUCUAUUCUGAGGAAAAACCAAAGUCGCCUGAGAAGAAAGACGGAAAGGUCCUAGAUAAACCAGACGACAGUUCCAAGUCGGUCGUUGAGACUGAUAAGCCCAGUCCUAAAGAAUAUUUGGACGAUGAAACCGAUGACGAAAUAGAUUUUCCCAAGCCACAAGACAAGCCUAUUAGGGAAGCAACUCCAUCACCUUUUAGCCACCCAACAUCUUUGGUAACUGGUGUUACAGGUGGUGGGGUUAAAUCUCCCCUCCAUCCUGAGGAAAAACCAAAGUCGCCUGAGAAAAAAGACGAAAAGGUCCUAGCUAAACCAGACGACAGUUCCAAGUCGGUCCUUGAGACUGAUAAGCCCAGUCCUAAAGAAUGUUCGGACGAUGAAACCGAUGACGAAAUAGAUAUUCCCCAGCCACAAGACAAGCCUAUUAGCCACCCAACUUCUUUGGUAACUGGUGUUACAGGUGGUGGGUUUAAAUCUCCCCUCCAUCCUGAGGAAAAACCAAAGUCGCCUGAGAAGAAAGACGAAAAGGUCCUAGCUAAACCAGACGACAGUUCCAAGUCGGUCGUUGAGACUGAUAAGCCCAGUCCUAAAGAAUAUUCGGACGAUGAAACCGAUGACGAAAUAGAUAUUCCCCAGCCACAAGACAAGCCUAUUAGCCACCCAACUUCUUUGGUAACUGGUGUUACAGGUGGUGGGUUUAAAUCUCCCCUCCAUCCUGAGGAAAAACCAAAGUCGCCUGAGAAGAAAGACGAAAAGGUCCUAGCUAAACCAGACGACAGUUCCAAGUCGGUCCUUGAGACUGAUAAGCCCAGUCCUAAAGAAUAUUCGGACGAUGAAACCGAUGACGAAAUAGAUAUUCCCCAGCCACAAGACAAGCCUAUUAGCCACCCAACAUCUUUGGUAACUGGUGUUACAGGUGGUGGGGUUAUGUCUCCUCUCCAUUCUGAGGAAAAACCAAAGUCGCCUGAGAAGAAAGACGAAAAGGUCCUAGCUAAACCAGACGACAGUUCCCAGUCGGUCGUUGAGACUGAUAAGCCCAGUCCUAAAGAAUAUUCGGACGAUGAAACCUAUGACGAAAUAGAUAUUCCCAAGCCACAAGACAAGCCUAUUAGCCACCCAACUUCUUUGGUAACUGGUGUUCCAGGUGGUGGGGUUAAAUCUCCUCUCCAUUCUGAGGAAAAACCAAAGUCGCCUGAGAAAAAAGACGAAAAGGUCCUAGCUAAACCAGACGACAGUUCCAAGUCGGUCGUUGAGACUGAUAAGCCCAGUCCUAAAGAAUAUUCGGACGAUGAAACCGAUGACGAAAUAGAUAUUCCCAAGCCACAAGACAAGCCUCUUAGGGAAGCAACUCCAUCAGUGACACCCUUCACUACUAUCCCUGACGUAAAGGCCAGAGAUGUUAUUGCCUUUAAGGCAGAAGAAAAAUCAACAACAGUUCAAACAACUAUUAAGUUAGCAAGCACUAGUAUAACAACAGAGGAUACCAAGAUAGUUAAACCGACUGAUUCGCUUUCACAAUUGAAAGACGAUAAGAUCCCAACCUCAGUAGGAGACAAGGCACCAAAAGAGUCAGUAAAGCCUAUGUUAAAAGAGUAUUCGGACGAUGAAACUGAUAACGAAAUAGAUAUUCCCAAGCCACAAGACAAGCCUAUUAGCCACCCAACUUCUUUGGUAACUGGUGUUACAGGUGGUGGGGUUAAAUCUCCUCUCCAUCCUGAGGAAAAACAAAAGUCGCCUGAAAAGAAAGACGAAAAGGUCCUAGCUAAACCAGAUGACAGUUCCAAGUCGCACUUUGAGACUGAUAAGCCCAGUCCCAGAGAAUAUUCGGCCGAUGAAACCGAUGACGAAAUAGAUAUUCCCAAGCCACAAGACAAGCCUAUUAGCCAUCCAACUUCCUUGGUAACUGGUGUUACAGGUGGUGGGGUUAAAUCUCCUCUCCAUCCUGAGGAAAAACAAAAGUCGCCUGAAAAGAAAGACGAAAAGGUCCUAGCUAAACCAGAUGACAGUUCCAAGUCGCACUUUGAGACUGAUAAGCCCAGUCCCAGAGAAUAUUCGGCCGAUGAAACCGAUGACGAAAUAGAUAUUCCCAAGCCACAAGACAAGCCUAUUAGCCAUCCAACUUCCUUGGUAACUGGUGUUACAGGUGGUGGGGUUAAAUCUCCCCUCCAUCCUGAGGAAAAACCAAAGUCGCCUGAGAAGAAAGACGAAAAGGUCCUAGCUAAACCAGACGACAGUUCCAAGUCGGUCCUUGAGACUGAUAAGCCCAGUCCUAAAGAAUAUUCGGACGAUGAAACCGAUGACGAAAUAGAUAUUCCCCAGCCACAAGACAAGCCUAUUAGCCACCCAACAUCUUUGGUAACUGGUGUUACAGGUGGUGGGGUUAAAUCUCCCCUCCAUCCUGAGGAAAAACCAAAGUCGCCUGAGAAAAAAGACGAAAAGGUCCUAGCUAAACCAGACGACAGUUCCAAGUCGGUCCUUGAGACUGAUAAGCCCAGUCCUAAAGAAUAUUCGGACGAUGAAACCGAUGACGAAAUAGAUAUUCCCCAGCCACAAGACAAGCCUAUUAGCCACCCAACAUCUUUGGUAACUGGUGUUACAGGUGGUGGGGUUAUGUCUCCUCUCCAUUCUGAGGAAAAACCAAAGUCGCCUGAGAAAAAAGACGAAAAGGUCCUAGCUAAACCAGACGACAGUUCCAAGUCGGUCCUUGAGACUGAUAAGCCCAGUCCUAAAGAAUAUUCGGACGAUGAAACCGAUGACGAAAUAGAUAUUCCCCAGCCACAAGACAAGCCUAUUAGCCACCCAACAUCUUUGGUAACUGGUGUUACAGGUGGUGGGGUUAUGUCUCCUCUCCAUUCUGAGGAAAAACCAAAGUCGCCUGAGAAGAAAGACGAAAAGGUCCUAGCUAAACCAGACGACAGUUCCCAGUCGGUCGUUGAGACUGAUAAGCCCAGUCCUAAAGAAUAUUCGGACGAUGAAACCUAUGACGAAAUAGAUAUUCCCAAGCCACAAGACAAGCCUAUUAGCCACCCAACUUCUUUGGUAACUGGUGUUCCAGGUGGUGGGGUUAAAUCUCCUCUCCAUUCUGAGGAAAAACCAAAGUCGCCUGAGAAGAAGGACGAAAAGGUCCUAGCUAAACCAGACGACAGUUCCCAGUCGGUCGUUGAGACUGAUAAGCCCAGUCCUAAAGAAUAUUCGGACGAUGAAACCGAUGACGAAAUAGACUUUCCCAAGCCACAAGACAAGCCUCUUAGGGAAGCAACUCCAUCAGUGACACCCUUCACUACUAUCCCUGACGUAAAGGCCAGAGAUGUUAUUGCCUUUAAGGCAGAAGAAAAAUCAACAACAGUUCAAACAACUAUUAAGUUAGCAAGCACUAGUAUAACAACAGAGGAUACCAAGAUAGUUAAACCGACUGAUUCGCUUUCACAAUUGAAAGACGAUAAGAUCCCAACCUCAGUAGGAGACAAGGCACCAAAAGAGUCAGUAAAGCCUAUGUUAAAAGAGUAUUCGGACGAUGAAACUGAUAACGAAAUAGAUAUUCCCAAGCCACAAGACAAGCCUAUUAGCCACCCAACUUCUUUGGUAACUGGUGUUACAGGUGGUGGGGUUAAAUCUCCUCUCCAUCCUGAGGAAAAACAAAAGUCGCCUGAAAAGAAAGACGAAAAGGUCCUAGCUAAACCAGAUGACAGUUCCAAGUCGCACUUUGAGACUGAUAAGCCCAGUCCCAGAGAAUAUUCGGCCGAUGAAACCGAUGACGAAAUAGAUAUUCCCAAGCCACAAGACAAGCCUAUUAGCCAUCCAACUUCCUUGGUAACUGGUGUUACAGGUGGUGGGGUUAAAUCUCCCCUCCAUCCUGAGGAAAAACCAAAGUCGCCUGAGAAGAAAGACGAAAAGGUCCUAGCUAAACCAGACGACAGUUCCAAGUCGGUCCUUGAGACUGAUAAGCCCAGUCCUAAAGAAUAUUCGGACGAUGAAACCGAUGACGAAAUAGAUAUUCCCCAGCCACAAGACAAGCCUAUUAGCCACCCAACAUCUUUGGUAACUGGUGUUACAGGUGGUGGGGUUAAAUCUCCCCUCCAUCCUGAGGAAAAACCAAAGUCGCCUGAGAAAAAAGACGAAAAGGUCCUAGCUAAACCAGACGACAGUUCCAAGUCGGUCCUUGAGACUGAUAAGCCCAGUCCUAAAGAAUAUUCGGACGAUGAAACCGAUGACGAAAUAGAUAUUCCCCAGCCACAAGACAAGCCUAUUAGCCACCCAACAUCUUUGGUAACUGGUGUUACAGGUGGUGGGGUUAUGUCUCCUCUCCAUUCUGAGGAAAAACCAAAGUCGCCUGAGAAGAAAGACGAAAAGGUCCUAGCUAAACCAGACGACAGUUCCCAGUCGGUCGUUGAGACUGAUAAGCCCAGUCCUAAAGAAUAUUCGGACGAUGAAACCUAUGACGAAAUAGAUAUUCCCAAGCCACAAGACAAGCCUAUUAGCCACCCAACUUCUUUGGUAACUGGUGUUCCAGGUGGUGGGGUUAAAUCUCCUCUCCAUUCUGAGGAAAAACCAAAGUCGCCUGAGAAGAAGGACGAAAAGGUCCUAGCUAAACCAGACGACAGUUCCCAGUCGGUCGUUGAGACUGAUAAGCCCAGUCCUAAAGAAUAUUCGGACGAUGAAACCGAUGACGAAAUAGACUUUCCCAAGCCACAAGACAAGUCUAUUAGGGAAGCUACUCCAUCAGUGACACCCUUCACUACUAUCCCUGACGUAAAGGCCAGAGAUGUUAUUGCCUUUAAGGCAGAAGAAAAAUCAACAACAGUUCAAACAACUAUUAAGUUAGCAAGCACUAGUAUAACAACAGAGGAUACCAAGAUAGUUAAACCGAUUGAUUCGCUUUCACAAUUGAAAGACGACAAGAUCCCAACCUCAGUAGGAGACAAGGCACCAAAAGAGUCAGUAAAGCCUAUGUUAAAAGAGUAUUCGGCCGAUGAAACUGAUAACGAAAUAGAUAUUCCCAAGCCACAAGACAAGCCUAUUAGCCAUCCAACUUCUUUGGUAACUGGUGUUACAGGUGGUGGGGUUAAAUCUCCCCUCCAUCCUGAGGAAAAACCAAAGUCGCCUGAGAAGAAAGACGAAAAGGUCCUAGCUAAACCAGACGACAGUUCCAAGUCGGUCGUUGAGACUGAUAAGCCCAGUCCUAAAGAAUAUUCGGACGAUGAAACCGAUGACGAAAUAGAUAUUCCCAAGCCACAAGACAAGCCUAUUAGCCAUCCAACUUCCUUGGUAACUGGUGUUACAGGUGGUGGGGCUAAAUCUCCCCUCCAUCCUGAGGAAAAACCAAAGUCGCCUGAGAAAAAAGACGAAAAGGUCCUAGCUAAACCAGACGACAGUUCCAAGUCGGUCCUUGAGACUGAUAAGCCCAGUCCUAAAGAAUAUUCGGACGAUGAAACUGAUGACGAAAUAGAUAUUCCCAAGCCACAAGACAAGCCUAUUAGCCAUCCAAUUUCUUUGGCAACUGGUGUUACAGGUGGUGGGGCUAAAUCUCCCCUCCAUCCUGAGGAAAAACCAAAGUCGCCUGAGAAAAAAGACGAAAAGGUCCUAGCUAAACCAGACGACAGUUCCAAGUCGGUCCUUGAGACUGAUAAGCCCAGUCCAAAAGAGUAUUCUGACGAAACCGAUGACGAAAUAGAUAUUCCCAAGCCACAAGACAAGCCUAUUAGCCAUCCAACUUCUUUGGUAACUGGUGUUACAGGUGGUGGGGUUAAAACUCCUCUCCAUUCUAAGGAAAAACCAAAGUCGCCUGAGAAGAAAGACGAAAGGGUCCUAGCUAAACCAGACGACAGUUCCAAGUCGGUCCUUGAGACUGAUAAGCCCAGUCCUAAAGAAUAUUCGGACGAUGAAACUGAUGACGAAAUAGAUAUUCCCAAGCCACAAGACAAGCCUAUUAGCCACCACACUUCUUUGGUAACUGGUGUUACAGGUGGUGGGGUUAAAUCUCCUCUCCAUUCUGAGGAAAAACAAAAGUCGCCUGAGAAGAAAGACGAAAAGGUCCCAGCUAAACCAGACGACAGUUCCAAGUCGGUCCUUGAGACUGAUAAGCCCAGUCCUAAAGAAGUUAUUUCUCCUCUCCAUUCUGAGGAAAAACAAAAGUCGCCUGAAAAGAAAGACGAAAAGGUCCUAGCUAAACCAGAUGACAGUUCCAAGUCGCACUUUGAGACUGAUAAGCCAAGUCCCAGAGAAUAUUCGGCCGAUGAAACCGAUGACGAAAUAGAUAUUCCCAAGCCACAAGACAAGCCUAUUAGCCAUCCAACUUCCUUGGUAACUGGUGUUACAGGUGGUGGGGUUAAAUCUCCCCUCCAUCCUGAGGAAAAACCAAAGUCGCCUGAGAAGAAAGACGAAAAGGUCCUAGCUAAACCAGACGACAGUUCCAAGUCGGUCGUUGAGACUGAUAAGCCCAGUCCUAAAGAAUGUUCGGACGAUGAAACCGAUGACGAAAUAGAUAUUCCCAAGCCACAAGACAAGCCUAUUAGCCAUCCAAUUUCUUUGGUAACUGGUGUUACAGGUGGUGGGGUUAAAUCUCCCCUCCAUCCUGAGGAAAAAUCAAAGUCGCCUGAGAAGAAAGACGAAAAGGUCCUAGCUAAACCAGACGACAGUUCCAAGUCGGUCCUUGAGACUGAUAAGCCCAGUCCUAAAGAAUAUUCGGACGAUGAAACUGAUGACGAAAUAGAUAUUCCCAAGCCACAAGACAAGCCUAUUAGCCACCACACUUCUUUGGUAACUGGUCUUACAGGUGGUGGGGUUAAAUCUCCUCUCCAUUCUGAGGAAAAACCAAAGUCGCCUGAGAAGAAAGACGAAAAGGUCCUAGCUAAACCAGAUGACAGUUCCAAGUCGGUCGUUGAGACUGACAAGCCCAGUCCUAAAGAAUAUUCGGACGAUGAAACUGAUGACGAAAUAGAUAUUCCCAAGCCACAAGACAAGCCUAUUAGCCACCACACUUCUUUGGUAACUGGUGUUACAGGUGGUGGGGUUAAAUCUCCUCUCCAUCCUGAGGAAAAACCAAAGUCGCCUGAGAAGAAAGACGAAAAGGUCCUAGCUAAACCAGACGACAGUUCCAAGUCGGUCGUUGAGACUGAUAAGCCCAGUCCUAAAGAAUAUUCGGACGAUGAAACCGAUGACGAAAUAGAUAUUCCCAAGCCACAAGACAAGCCUCUUAGGGAAGCAACUCCAUCAGUGACACCCUUCACUACUAUCCCUGACGUAAAGGCCAGAGAUGUUAUUGCCUUUAAGGCAGAAGAAAAAUCAACAACAGUUCAAAAAACUAUUAAGUUAGCAAGCACUAGUAUAACAACAGAGGAUACCAAGAUAGUUAAACCGAUUGAUUCGCUUUCACAAUUGAAAGACGAUAAGAUCCCAACCUCAGUAGGAGACAAGGCACCAAAAGAGUCAGUAAAGCCUAUGUUAAAAGAGUAUUCGGACGAUGAAACUGAUGACGAAAUAGAUAUUCCCAAGCCACAAGACAAGCCUAUUAGCCACCCAACUUCUUUGGUAACUGGUGUUACAGGUGGUGGGGCUAAAUCUCCCCUCCAUCCUGAGGAAAAACCAAAGUCGCCUGAGAAAAAAGACGAAAAGGUCCUAGCUAAACCAGACGACAGUUCCAAGUCGGUCCUUGAGACUGAUAAGCCCAGUCCUAAAGAAUAUUCGGACGAUGAAACUGAUGACGAAAUAGAUAUUCCCAAGCCACAAGACAAGCCUAUUAGCCACCACACUUCUUUGGUAACUGGUGUUACAGGUGGUGGGGUUAAAUCUCCUCUCCAUUCUGAGGAAAAACCAAAGUCGCCUGAGAAGAAAGAAGAAAAGGUCCUAGCUAAACCAGAUGACAGUUCCAAGUCGGUCCUUGAGACUGACAAGCCCAGUCCUAAAGAAUAUUCGGACGAUGAAACUGAUGACGAAAUAGAUAUUCCCAAGCCACAAGACAAGUCUAUUAGCCACCCAACUUCUUUGGUAACUGGUGUUACAGGUGGUGGGGUUAUUUCUCCUCUCCAUUCUGAGGAAAAACCAAAGUCGCCUGAAAAGAAAGACGAAAAGGUCCUAGCUAAACCAGAUGACAGUUCCAAGUCGGUCGUUGAGACUGACAAGCCCAGUCCUAAAGAAUAUUCGGACGAUGAAACCGAUGACGAAAUAGACUUUCCCAAGCCACAAGACAAGCCUAUUAGCCACCCAACUUCUUUGGUAACUGGUGUUACAGGUGGUGGGGUUAAAUCUCCUCUCCAUCCUGAGGAAAAACCAAAGUCGCCUGAGAAGAAAGACGAAAAGGUCCUAGCUAAACCAGACGACAGUUCCAAGUCGGUCGUUGAGACUGAUAAGCCCAGUCCUAAAGAAUAUUCGGACGAUGAAACCGAUGACGAAAUAGAUAUUCCCAAGCCACAAGACAAGCCUCUUAGGGAAGCAAUUCCAUCAGUGACACCCUUCACUACUAUCCCUGACGAUACCAAGAUAGUUAAACCGACUGAUUCGCUUUCACAAUUGAAAGACGAUAAGAUCCCAACCUCAGUAGGAGACAAGGCACCAAAAGAGUCAGUAAAGCCUAUGUUAAAAGAGUAUUCGGACGAUGAAACUGAUGACGAAAUAGAUAUUCCCAAGCCACAAGACAAGCCUAUUAGCCACCCAACAUCUUUGGUAACUGGUGUUACAGGUGGUGGGGUUAUGUCUCCUCUCCAUUCUGAGGAAAAACAAAAGUCGCCUGAAAAGAAAGACGAAAAGGUCCUAGCUAAACCAGAUGACAGUUCCAAGUCGCACUUUGAGACUGAUAAGCCCAGUCCCAAAGAAUAUUCGGCCGAUGAAACCGAUGACGAAAUAGACUUUCCCAAGCCACAAGACAAGUCUAUUAGGGAAGCUACUCCAUCAGUGACACCCUUCACUACUAUCCCUGACGUAAAGGCCAGAGAUGUUAUUGCCUUUAAGGCAGAAGAAAAAUCAACAACAGUUCAAAAAACUAUUAAGUUAGCAAGCACUAGUAUAACAACAGAGGAUACCAAGAUAGUUAAACCGAUUGAUUCGCUUUCACAAUUGAAAGACGAUAAGAUCCCAACCUCAGUAGGAGACAAGGCACCAAAAGAGUCAGUAAAGCCUAUGUUAAAAGAGUAUUCGGACGAUGAAACUGAUGACGAAAUAGAUAUUCCCAAGCCACAAGACAAGCCUAUUAGCCACCCAACUUCUUUGGUAACUGGUGUUACAGGUGGUGGGGCUAAAUCUCCCCUCCAUCCUGAGGAAAAACCAAAGUCGCCUGAGAAAAAAGACGAAAAGGUCCUAGCUAAACCAGACGACAGUUCCAAGUCGGUCCUUGAGACUGAUAAGCCCAGUCCUAAAGAAUGUUCGGACGAUGAAACCGAUGACGAAAUAGAUAUUCCCAAGCCACAAGACAAGCCUAUUAGCCAUCCAAUUUCUUUGGUAACUGGUGUUACAGGUGGUGGGGUUAAAUCUCCCCUCCAUCCUGAGGAAAAAUCAAAGUCGCCUGAGAAGAAAGACGAAAAGGUCCUAGCUAAACCAGACGACAGUUCCAAGUCGGUCCUUGAGACUGAUAAGCCCAGUCCUAAAGAAUAUUCGGACGAUGAAACUGAUGACGAAAUAGAUAUUCCCAAGCCACAAGACAAGCCUAUUAGCCACCACACUUCUUUGGUAACUGGUCUUACAGGUGGUGGGGUUAAAUCUCCUCUCCAUUCUGAGGAAAAACCAAAGUCGCCUGAGAAGAAAGACGAAAAGGUCCUAGCUAAACCAGAUGACAGUUCCAAGUCGGUCGUUGAGACUGACAAGCCCAGUCCUAAAGAAUAUUCGGACGAUGAAACUGAUGACGAAAUAGAUAUUCCCAAGCCACAAGACAAGCCUAUUAGCCACCACACUUCUUUGGUAACUGGUGUUACAGGUGGUGGGGUUAAAUCUCCUCUCCAUCCUGAGGAAAAACCAAAGUCGCCUGAGAAGAAAGACGAAAAGGUCCUAGCUAAACCAGACGACAGUUCCAAGUCGGUCGUUGAGACUGAUAAGCCCAGUCCUAAAGAAUAUUCGGACGAUGAAACCGAUGACGAAAUAGAUAUUCCCAAGCCACAAGACAAGCCUCUUAGGGAAGCAACUCCAUCAGUGACACCCUUCACUACUAUCCCUGACGUAAAGGCCAGAGAUGUUAUUGCCUUUAAGGCAGAAGAAAAAUCAACAACAGUUCAAAAAACUAUUAAGUUAGCAAGCACUAGUAUAACAACAGAGGAUACCAAGAUAGUUAAACCGAUUGAUUCGCUUUCACAAUUGAAAGACGAUAAGAUCCCAACCUCAGUAGGAGACAAGGCACCAAAAGAGUCAGUAAAGCCUAUGUUAAAAGAGUAUUCGGACGAUGAAACUGAUGACGAAAUAGAUAUUCCCAAGCCACAAGACAAGCCUAUUAGCCACCCAACUUCUUUGGUAACUGGUGUUACAGGUGGUGGGGCUAAAUCUCCCCUCCAUCCUGAGGAAAAACCAAAGUCGCCUGAGAAAAAAGACGAAAAGGUCCUAGCUAAACCAGACGACAGUUCCAAGUCGGUCCUUGAGACUGAUAAGCCCAGUCCUAAAGAAUAUUCGGACGAUGAAACUGAUGACGAAAUAGAUAUUCCCAAGCCACAAGACAAGCCUAUUAGCCACCACACUUCUUUGGUAACUGGUGUUACAGGUGGUGGGGUUAAAUCUCCUCUCCAUUCUGAGGAAAAACCAAAGUCGCCUGAGAAGAAAGAAGAAAAGGUCCUAGCUAAACCAGAUGACAGUUCCAAGUCGGUCCUUGAGACUGACAAGCCCAGUCCUAAAGAAUAUUCGGACGAUGAAACUGAUGACGAAAUAGAUAUUCCCAAGCCACAAGACAAGUCUAUUAGCCACCCAACUUCUUUGGUAACUGGUGUUACAGGUGGUGGGGUUAUUUCUCCUCUCCAUUCUGAGGAAAAACCAAAGUCGCCUGAAAAGAAAGACGAAAAGGUCCUAGCUAAACCAGAUGACAGUUCCAAGUCGGUCGUUGAGACUGACAAGCCCAGUCCUAAAGAAUAUUCGGACGAUGAAACCGAUGACGAAAUAGACUUUCCCAAGCCACAAGACAAGCCUAUUAGCCACCCAACUUCUUUGGUAACUGGUGUUACAGGUGGUGGGGUUAAAUCUCCUCUCCAUCCUGAGGAAAAACCAAAGUCGCCUGAGAAGAAAGACGAAAAGGUCCUAGCUAAACCAGACGACAGUUCCAAGUCGGUCGUUGAGACUGAUAAGCCCAGUCCUAAAGAAUAUUCGGACGAUGAAACCGAUGACGAAAUAGAUAUUCCCAAGCCACAAGACAAGCCUCUUAGGGAAGCAAUUCCAUCAGUGACACCCUUCACUACUAUCCCUGACGAUACCAAGAUAGUUAAACCGACUGAUUCGCUUUCACAAUUGAAAGACGAUAAGAUCCCAACCUCAGUAGGAGACAAGGCACCAAAAGAGUCAGUAAAGCCUAUGUUAAAAGAGUAUUCGGACGAUGAAACUGAUGACGAAAUAGAUAUUCCCAAGCCACAAGACAAGCCUAUUAGCCACCCAACAUCUUUGGUAACUGGUGUUACAGGUGGUGGGGUUAUGUCUCCUCUCCAUUCUGAGGAAAAACAAAAGUCGCCUGAAAAGAAAGACGAAAAGGUCCUAGCUAAACCAGAUGACAGUUCCAAGUCGCACUUUGAGACUGAUAAGCCCAGUCCCAAAGAAUAUUCGGCCGAUGAAACCGAUGACGAAAUAGACUUUCCCAAGCCACAAGACAAGCCUAUUAGCCACCCAACUUCUUUGGUAACUGGUGUUACAGGUGGUGGGGUUAAAUCUCCUCUCCAUCCUGAGGAAAAACCAAAGUCGCCUGAGAAGAAAGACGAAAAGGUCCUAGCUAAACCAGAUGACAGUUCCAAGUCGGUCCUUGAGACUGACAAGCCCAGUCCUAAAGAAUAUUCGGACGAUGAAACUGAUGACGAAAUAGAUAUUCCCAAGCCACAAGACAAGUCUAUUAGCCACCCAACUUCUUUGGUAACUGGUGUUACAGGUGGUGGGGUUAUUUCUCCUCUCCAUUCUGAGGAAAAACCAAAGUCGCCUGAAAAGAAAGACGAAAAGGUCCUAGCUAAACCAGAUGACAGUUCCAAGUCGGUCGUUGAGACUGACAAGCCCAGUCCUAAAGAAUAUUCGGACGAUGAAACCGAUGACGAAAUAGACUUUCCCAAGCCACAAGACAAGCCUAUUAGCCACCCAACUUCUUUGGUAACUGGUGUUACAGGUGGUGGGGUUAAAUCUCCUCUCCAUCCUGAGGAAAAACCAAAGUCGCCUGAGAAGAAAGACGAAAAGGUCCUAGCUAAACCAGACGACAGUUCCAAGUCGGUCGUUGAGACUGAUAAGCCCAGUCCUAAAGAAUAUUCGGACGAUGAAACCGAUGACGAAAUAGAUAUUCCCAAGCCACAAGACAAGCCUCUUAGGGAAGCAACUCCAUCAGUGACACCCUUCACUACUAUCCCUGACGAUACCAAGAUAGUUAAACCGACUGAUUCGCUUUCACAAUUGAAAGACGAUAAGAUCCCAACCUCAGUAGGAGACAAGGCACCAAAAGAGUCAGUAAAGCCUAUGUUAAAAGAGUAUUCGGACGAUGAAACUGAUGACGAAAUAGAUAUUCCCAAGCCACAAGACAAGCCUAUUAGCCACCCAACAUCUUUGGUAACUGGUGUUACAGGUGGUGGGGUUAUGUCUCCUCUCCAUUCUGAGGAAAAACAAAAGUCGCCUGAAAAGAAAGACGAAAAGGUCCUAGCUAAACCAGAUGACAGUUCCAAGUCGCACUUUGAGACUGAUAAGCCCAGUCCCAAAGAAUAUUCGGCCGAUGAAACCGAUGACGAAAUAGACUUUCCCAAGCCACAAGACAAGCCUAUUAGCCACCCAACUUCUUUGGUAACUGGUGUUACAGGUGGUGGGGUUAAAUCUCCUCUCCAUCCUGAGGAAAAACCAAAGUCGCCUGAGAAGAAAGACGAAAAGGUCCUAGCUAAACCAGAUGACAGUUCCAAGUCGGUCCUUGAGACUGACAAGCCCAGUCCUAAAGAAUAUUCGGACGAUGAAACUGAUGACGAAAUAGAUAUUCCCAAGCCACAAGACAAGUCUAUUAGCCACCCAACUUCUUUGGUAACUGGUGUUACAGGUGGUGGGGUUAUUUCUCCUCUCCAUUCUGAGGAAAAACCAAAGUCGCCUGAAAAGAAAGACGAAAAGGUCCUAGCUAAACCAGAUGACAGUUCCAAGUCGGUCGUUGAGACUGACAAGCCCAGUCCUAAAGAAUAUUCGGACGAUGAAACCGAUGACGAAAUAGACUUUCCCAAGCCACAAGACAAGCCUAUUAGCCACCCAACUUCUUUGGUAACUGGUGUUACAGGUGGUGGGGUUAAAUCUCCUCUCCAUCCUGAGGAAAAACCAAAGUCGCCUGAGAAGAAAGACGAAAAGGUCCUAGCUAAACCAGACGACAGUUCCAAGUCGGUCGUUGAGACUGAUAAGCCCAGUCCUAAAGAAUAUUCGGACGAUGAAACCGAUGACGAAAUAGAUAUUCCCAAGCCACAAGACAAGCCUCUUAGGGAAGCAACUCCAUCAGUGACACCCUUCACUACUAUCCCUGACGAUACCAAGAUAGUUAAACCGACUGAUUCGCUUUCACAAUUGAAAGACGAUAAGAUCCCAACCUCAGUAGGAGACAAGGCACCAAAAGAGUCAGUAAAGCCUAUGUUAAAAGAGUAUUCGGACGAUGAAACUGAUGACGAAAUAGAUAUUCCCAAGCCACAAGACAAGCCUAUUAGCCACCCAACAUCUUUGGUAACUGGUGUUACAGGUGGUGGGGUUAUGUCUCCUCUCCAUUCUGAGGAAAAACAAAAGUCGCCUGAAAAGAAAGACGAAAAGGUCCUAGCUAAACCAGAUGACAGUUCCAAGUCGCACUUUGAGACUGAUAAGCCCAGUCCCAAAGAAUAUUCGGCCGAUGAAACCGAUGACGAAAUAGAUAUUCCCAAGCCACAAGACAAGCCUAUUAGCCAUCCAACUUCCUUGGUAACUGGUGUUACAGGUGGUGGGGUUAAAUCUCCCCUCCAUCCUGAGGAAAAACCAAAGUCGCCUGAGAAAAAAGACGAAAAGGUCCUAGCUAAACCAGACGACAGUUCCAAGUCGGUCCUUGAGACUGAUAAGCCCAGUCCUAAAGAAUAUUCGGACGAUGAAACUGAUGACGAAAUAGAUAUUCCCAAGCCACAAGACAAGCCUAUUAGCCAUCCAAUUUCUUUGGCAACUGGUGUUACAGGUGGUGGGGCUAAAUCUCCCCUCCAUCCUGAGGAAAAACCAAAGUCGCCUGAGAAAAAAGACGAAAAGGUCCUAGCUAAACCAGACGACAGUUCCAAGUCGGUCCUUGAGACUGAUAAGCCCAGUCCUAAAGAGUAUUCUGACGAAACCGAUGACGAAAUAGAUAUUCCCAAGCCACAAGACAAGCCUAUUAGCCAUCCAACUUCUUUGGUAACUGGUGUUACAGGUGGUGGGGUUAAAACUCCUCUCCAUUCUAAGGAAAAACCAAAGUCGCCUGAGAAGAAAGACGAAAGGGUCCUAGCUAAACCAGACGACAGUUCCAAGUCGGUCCUUGAGACUGAUAAGCCCAGUCCUAAAGAAUAUUCGGACGAUGAAAUUGAUGACGAAAUAGAUAUUCCCAAGCCACAAGACAAGUCUAUUCGCCACCCAACUACUUUGGUAACUGGUGUUACAGGUGGUGGGGUUAUUUCUCCUCUCCAUUCUGAGGAAAAACAAAAGUCGCCUGAAAAGAAAGACGAAAAGGUCCUAGCUAAACCAGAUGACAGUUCCAAGUCGCACUUUGAGACUGAUAAGCCCAGUCCCAAAGAAUAUUCGGCCGAUGAAACCGAUGACGAAAUAGAUAUUCCCAAGCCACAAGACAAGCCUAUUAGCCAUCCAACUUCCUUGGUAACUGGUGUUACAGGUGGUGGGGUUAAAUCUCCCCUCCAUCCUGAGGAAAAACCAAAGUCGCCUGAGAAGAAAGACGAAAAGGUCCUAGCUAAACCAGACGACAGUUCCAAGUCGGUCGUUGAGACUGAUAAGCCCAGUCCUAAAGAAUAUUCGGACGAUGAAACCGAUGACGAAAUAGAUAUUCCCAAGCCACAAGACAAGCCUCUUAGGGAAGCAACUCCAUCAGUGACACCCUUCACUACUAUCCCUGACGAUACCAAGAUAGUUAAACCGAUUGAUUCGCUUUCACAAUUGAAAGACGAUAAGAUCCCAACCUCAGUAGGAGACAAGGCACCAAAAGAGUCAGUAAAGCCUAUGUUAAAAGAGUAUUCGGACGAUGAAACUGAUAACGAAAUAGAUAUUCCCAAGCCACAAGACAAGCCUAUUAGCCACCCAACUUCUUUGGUAACUGGUGUUACAGGUGGUGGGGUUAUUUCUCCUCUCCAUUCUGAGGAAAAACCAAAGUCGCCUGAAAAGAAAGACGAAAAGGUCCUAGCUAAACCAGAUGACAGUUCCAAGUCGGUCGUUGAGACUGAUAAGCCCAGUCCCAAAGAAUAUUCGGACGAUGAAACCGAUGACGAAAUAGAUAUUCCCAAGCCACAAGACAAGCCUAUUAGCCAUCCAACUUCCUUGGUAACUGGUGUUACAGGUGGUGGGGUUAAAUCUCCUCUCCAUCCUGAGGAAAAACAAAAGUCGCCUGAGAAUAAAGACGAAAAGGUCCCAGCUAAACCAGACGACAGUUCCAAGUCGGUCCUUGAGACUGACAAGCCCAGUCCUAAAGAAUAUUCGGACGAUGAAACUGAUGACGAAAUAGAUAAUCCCAAGCCACAAGACAAGUCUAUUAGCCACCCAACUUCUUUGGUAACUGGUGUUACAGGUGGUGGGGUUAUUUCUCCUCUCCAUUCUGAGGAAAAACCAAAGUCGCCUGAAAAGAAAGACGAAAAGGUCCUAGCUAAACCAGAUGACAGUUCCAAGUCGGUCGUUGAGACUGAUAAGCCCAGUCCUAAAGAAUAUUCGGACGAUGAAACCGAUGACGAAAUAGACUUUCCCAAGCCACAAGACAAGCCUAUUAGCCACCCAACUUCUUUGGUAACUGGUGUUACAGGUGGUGGGGUUAAAUCUCCUCUCCAUCCUGAGGAAAAACCAAAGUCGCCUGAGAAGAAAGACGAAAAGGUCCUAGCUAAACCAGACGACAGUUCCACGUCGGUCGUUGAGACUGAUAAGCCCAGUCCUAAAGAAUAUUCGGACGAUGAAACCGAUGACGAAAUAGACUUUCCCAAGCCACAAGACAAGCCUAUUAGCCACCCAACUUCUUUGGUAACUGGUGUUACAGGUGGUGGGGUUAAAUCUUCCCUCCAUCCUGAGGAAAAACCAAAGUCGCCUGAGAAGAAAGACGAAAAGGUCCUAGCUAAACCAGACGACAGUUCCAAGUCGGUCCUUGAGACUGAUAAGCCCAGUCCCAAAGAAUAUUCGGACGAUGAAACCGAUGACGAAAUAGAUAUUCCCAAGCCACAAGACAAGCCUAUUAGCCAUCCAACUUCUUUGGUAACUGGUGUUACAGGUGGUGGGGUUAAAUCUCCCCUCCAUCCUGAGGAAAAACCAAAGUCGCCUGAGAAGAAAGACGAAAGGGUCCUAGCUAAACCAGACGACAGUUCCAAGUCGUUCGUUGAGACUGAUAAGCCCAGUCCUAAAGAAUAUUCGGACGAUGAAACUGAUGACGAAAUAGAUAUUCCCAAGCCACAAGACAAGCCUAUUAGCCACCCAACUUCUUUGGUAACUGGUGUUACAGGUGGUGGGGUUAUUUCUCCUCUCCAUUCUGAGGAAAAACCAAAGUCGCCUGAAAAGAAAGACGAAAAGGUCCUAGCUAAACCAGACGACAGUUCCAAGUCGGUCGUUGAGACUGAUAAGCCCAGUCCUAAAGAAUAUUCGGACGAUGAAACUGAUGACGAAAUAGAUAUUCCCAAGCCACAAGACAAGCCUAUUAGCCACCCAACUUCUUUGGUAACUGGUGUUACAGGUGGUGGGGUUAUGUCUCCUCUCCAUUCUGAGGAAAAACCAAAGUCGCCUGAGAAGAAAGACGAAAAGGUCCUAGCUAAACCAGACGACAGUUCCAAGUCGGUCGUUGAGACUGAUAAGCCCAGUCCUAAAGAAUAUUCGGACGAUGAAACUGAUGACGAAAUAGAUAUUCCCAAGCCACAAGACAAGCCUAUUAGCCACCCAACUUCUUUGGUAACUGGUGUUACAGGUGGUGGGGUUAAAUCUCCUCUCCAUACUGAGGAAAAACAAAAGUCGCCUGAGAAGAAAGACGAAAAGGUCCUAGCUAAACCAGACGACAGUUCCAAGUCGGUCGUUGAGACUGAUAAGCCCAGUCCCAAAGAAUAUUCGGACGAUGAAACCGAUGACGAAAUAGAUAUUCCCAAGCCACAAGACAAGCCUAUUAGCCAUCCAACUUCUUUGGUAACUGGUGUUACAGGUGGUGGGGUUAAAUCUCCCCUCCAUCCUGAGGAAAAACCAAAGUCGCCUGAGAAGAAAGACGAAAGGGUCCUAGCUAAACCAGACGACAGUUCCAAGUCGUUCGUUGAGACUGAUAAGCCCAGUCCUAAAGAAUAUUCGGACGAUGAAACUGAUGACGAAAUAGAUAUUCCCAAGCCACAAGACAAGCCUAUUAGCCACCCAACUUCUUUGGUAACUGGUGUUACAGGUGGUGGGGUUAUUUCUCCUCUCCAUUCUGAGGAAAAACCAAAGUCGCCUGAAAAGAAAGACGAAAAGGUCCUAGCUAAACCAGACGACAGUUCCAAGUCGGUCGUUGAGACUGAUAAGCCCAGUCCUAAAGAAUAUUCGGACGAUGAAACCGAUGACGAAAUAGAUAUUCCCAAGCCACAAGACAAGCCUCUUACGGAAGCAACUCCAUCAGUGACACCCUUCACUACUAUCCCUGACGUAAAGCCUAUGUUAAAAGAGUAUUCGGACGAUGAAACUGAUAACGAAAUAGAUAUUCCCAAGCCACAAGACAAGCCUAUUAGCCACCCAACUUCUUUGGUAACUGGUGUUACAGGUGGUGGGGUUAAUACUCCUCUCCAUUCUGAGGAAAAACCAAAGUCGCCUGAAAAGAAAGACGAAAAGGUCCUAGCUAAACCAGAUGACAGUUCCAAGUCGGUCGUUGAGACUGAUAAGCCCAGUCCUAAAGAAUAUUCGGACGAUGAAACCGAUGACGAAAUAGACUUUCCCAAGCCACAAGACAAGCCUAUUAGCCACCCAACUUCUUUGGUAACUGGUGUUACAGGUGGCGGGGUUAUUUCUCCUCUCCAUUCUGAGGAAAAACCAAAGUCGCCUGAAAAGAAAGACGAAAAAGUCCUAGCUAAACCAGACGACAGUUCCAAGUCGGUCGUUGAGACUGAUAAGCCCAGUCCUAAAGAAUAUUCGGACGAUGAAACCGAUGACGAAAUAGAUUUUCCCAAGCCUCAAGACAAGCCUCUUAGGGAAGCAACUCCAUCACCUAUUAGCCAUCCAACUUCUUUGGUAACUGGUGUUACAGGUGGUGGGGUUAAAACUCCUCUCCAUUCUGAGGAAAAACCAAAGUCGCCUGAAAAGAAAGACGAAAAGGUCCUAGCUAAACCAGACGACAGUUCCAAGUCAGUCAUUGAGACUGAUAAGCCCAGUUCUAAAGAAUAUUCGGACGAUGGACGGAAGGGAACCGGUUUGUCUGGCAUAUGUCCCAAGAAUAUUACACCUGUUAUGACAGAGGAAAUUUCAGCCUCAACUCAAUCCAACUUUAAAUCAGCAAGCUCUAUUAGAGCAACGCUUGAUACACAGAUAUCUAAUCCAAUAUCCGAUCCAGUUCAGAGGACCUUAUUGGUAACUCCUUUUAUAGACGAUCAGGGUAUUUCUCAGCAAUCUGGAGAAAAGUCAAAAACAAUCAGCCCCAUUUCACUGAAAUGUGAGACUCAGCUAAGCUAUCUAGAUCAUCAAUUAGACGUUGAUUUGGUUUCUGAUAUCGAAGAAAAUCGGUCUGUUCAACAGAUUGUGGAGGAUACUAUCAGGGCUGGUGAUGCUGAAGUACAAAAAAUUGUUGACGAAACACUCAAGAGUGUUCAGAAAACUAGAAAUAUUAGGGAACAGGUUGUAGGUGAAGGUCGUUCCGUUGAAGAAAUAGUUGAAGAUACACUUAAAAAUGCAAAGUUCAUUCCAAAUAUUUCCAUGGAAGAUAAACUCUAUGGCACCCAGCUUAAAGAAACUGAUGCACAAGAAGUUCGUCCCGUUGCUUACUUUGUAAAUUUAGACGAUGAACAGAAAUCAAUAGACGCUGUUAAAAAGGUACCACAACCGAAAAAAAUAAUUAAGUCAGACACGGGAAAAAUAUUAGAGGAGGCCUCUGCAAAACCAAUGAAUAAGUCAACCAAUAGCAAAAGAACACUCACGGUUAGGGAAAAGCCUAAGCCCAAGCCAGUUUCUCCAGCAAAGACGACUACUGUCAAACAAACUCCAAUUAGAAAAACAAUAACCACUGACAAAUCAAAACUAUCAAAUAAGACCGAGUCACGACGUUCAGUCACAAGCUCUACUUCAACAACUACCAGUUCAGCUUCCGCUACUAGUCGUGUGAUAAGUGAAAUACACUUCGAGAGAUCAUCAAGUCCUGCUUCGAGUUCCAUUUUCUACGAAAGCCAACCGCAAGGUGAAGGUAGUCGAUCUACCACCCCAAGACCCAGGGUUAAAACUGAUGUGACACGAAUACCCUACAAUACCUCACCUCGAUCGUUUAGUCCACAGUCAAAGACCACAAAGACAGAUAAGAAAACCGUAAACAAAAGUAAAACAACUGCCACUCGUUCUACCAAAGAGCUUACGGAAAAGAGUUUCAAAAAGACUGAGCGAAUUGCCAGCCAAGAGCACGUUGAGAAGCGGAAAACCCCGACACCGUCUGCCACCCACAGAUACAUGCAACCCACCCUGGCCCACAGCAUGAGGUACGGUUUGAGUGGCGAUGGCGACAUUGGCCAGAAUGUCACCUUGGCAUCUCCAAAGUCGCCGGCACCACCCAAAUCGCCUACUCCGGCCCUAACUAAAAGUACUCGAAGAACACAAACUGUAACAAGUGCCUUGACAAAGUCCACAACCCAAAUACCGAAACAAAAAAACUCGAUUGCUGAAAAGAAACCAGCACAGCCCCGUUCCCAGAUUAAGAGAGGCUCACAGAGCGAUAGCAAGGAAUCCCUAAUGAAAAGCAACGAUCGCCUAUACAAACGACAAACAUCCAAGGAAAAUAAGCUAGCAAACGUGAUAGGCUCCAAGAGCCAAGAAACCAAAAGCAUGAAGACACAAUCAGCUAAUUCAGCCAAGAAACUUGUCUCCAAAACUUCCAUAGAAACCGACAACAAGCUUCUGAAGAAGACAACAGCCACUAUACAGCGCACUAAAGUUCCGAUUAGCGUGUCUUCCAGUGCAAGGACUGCAGCAAAGCUAAGCAAGAGUGAUGACACCGUCAAGAGACCUCAGGUAGAUAAUAAGAAACCAGUAAAGCGAACGGUAAGCAAAGUAAGUGAAUCCAGUGGCACCAUGACCACCACAGCUACAUCGACCGUGGCGAGGUCCAUGGAGCCAAGGCUGCAAAAGAAGAUGAAGGACACGAUGAACGAGUCGAGUUCGAACUCGGGAAGCGGCACCACCAGUGCCAGCGGUUCUUCAAAUAGUACGCGACGAAGUGUGCGAUCCGUUAGCACGGUUAGCCGCAAAACGGACAAGGACUUGACCAACAUCCGGCGAGCAAGUGGAGCGGUUGUUUCGACAUCGACCGUACGGGUGCACCGGGAACCAACAGCAACCACCAGCGCUGUUAGCACCGUGCUCGUUGAUGACGACUGUGAGGUGAUAACCAUACGUUCCAUUAAAUCAAGCGAUAGUACAAAAAGUUCUACCUCAUCAUCCUCCGGUAGCGGCAGCAACAGUCGCAAGGUGCUAACCAGCGAGGUGUUCACUAAAACCUUCGGCCCCGACAAGCCGCUCGAGGUGGUCUACCGACAGCCAGAGUUUGAUGUAGAACACCACACGAUCAUGUCUGUGCGUCCAACCUCCGCGACAAGCAGCGAUCAGCAGAGGUGCAUUAACGAGUUCGAUGUCAGUUUCAUCGACACCACCGACUCCAGUCUCUCGGACUCCGUUGCCUUACCCAUGUUAGGCUCCGGUGAUCCUGAUCGUCUGCUGGCCGCCAGUCCCGGCUCGCCCAAGCCCACCCGCAGUCCCCUGGCCCUUAUUGAGGAGACCCUCCGUCGCCAGCAACAGCAUCACCAUCAUCAGCAACACUACCACCACAGUAGCGGUGCUAUUGCAGCUGCCCUUGAUCCUUCUCUGUCGAUGCCAGUGGCUUUUGGAGAGAGUCAUCUGGAGGCGGAGGUAGAGGUGGAGAAGGGCAGCAUUUCCAAAGAAACCCUUCAGGAAAGAAAAGUAGACCUAACCAGUCUGGAUACCGCAAAGAUCUCACAUGAAAUUGGUGAUGUUAAAGUUGGUGGUGGUGAUGAUGAUAGUGAUGGCGAUGGUGGAGAUCUUGUGGCACGCAUUCGCGAGGAAGCCAAUAUUCUGGUGGAUCGCGUACUUGAAGAAAGUGUCGAGAUUAUUGAGAGUCAAGGCCAUCAGGCCAAUGGCCACGAGAUCGCUAAGCUGGACUACAACUCAGAAAGUGAGAAUUAUGCCAUCACAUGCGACGAUAUCGGCGGCGUCGAUGUUAUCAAAUCGCCCACCAUUGAGUCCAUGUCGGGCAAGUCGUUUGACGACAACAUGAGCUUCACCGACGAGCAUAUACAUUUACCCUUGCAUGCCCAGAACACGACCACCACCAUGACAACGACAAUUACCACUCAGUUCCAACAGCAGCCGUCCCAGUCUGCUGUCCCAAGUACAUCGGCGGCAAAAGAUCCGGUUGCAGUUCUCGAAUCCGUAUCCGUAUCAUUUCCAGUAGCGAGUAGUCGAAAUCAGGCUGAAGACGAGAAUGAAACGCGAACCAGGCGCAUUGAUCGAAAGAUCGAGAAACUAUCCACUGACAUGGACGAUGUAAGCGCCAGGUUCGAUGAGGCGUUUGAGAUGUCGGUGCCCGAGGACGAGAUCAGCGCCCUGCAGGGCGACUUUUCCAAACUUAGCUGGGACGAAAGCGUUUCGCCCACGACCAACACCGAUAUGGCACAAAACCAAAUAACUCCCGAUAACGAUAUACAAGAUCUCAUCGCAGAAACAGGCGGCGAUUUACCAAACUCAAGUGAAACCGAUACCACUCCCGUACCACCGUCGAAAGAAUCGGAAAGCAAAACCGAAACUGAGCCGACGGUAGUAACCAAUGCAUUCACUACCACCAGCCACGAUACACCCACACCAAAACCAAGAGUUCUCAAAGCAAGCUCCCCCGUCUCCGAAGGCACCGAUAGCACUACCAUUCCUGGCCCAGUGCCCAAGCCCGAAAUACCGAUUGAUAUUAGUUUUGAUGCCACCGCACCGGUUCCAAAGCCGCGUGCCCCUAUAAAGCACACGGAACCUUUUGAAAACCUGGCUGCCCUAGCUGAACAGUCCGAUAGCAUUAGUCUGAGGAGUUUUGAGCUCACAGAGGACAUUUCCAAGACGGACGAGCCCUCCACAGAGCUCUCUAUUCGAUCCCAGCUUCGGGACAUAGUCACCACCACCACUGUUUCGGAGGACCACACCGAAAGCUUCGAGCCAACGAGUGAGAUUUCUGUCGAUGAUGCCGACACUGAAAAGUCUGAGGGUGCCGAAAAGACCACUAGCUUUUAUAUUGGGGAAUCAAGUCGUAAUGUUAUCAUCAAGACCUCGACGAGAUCUGCAAGUGUUACACCGCAAGAGGAGGAAGCUCAGGGCGAAAUUGGAAUUGAUGCUAAGGAUAUUUCCCUAAUGAAGGAGGUAUCUGUUGACUCUGACGAAGCCAACGAUGUUUUCAAAGAGUUUGUCACGAUGAAGCCAGAAGAUCCUACUGCAAUGGACAGCAAGAUAACCAGACAAGGCUCGGAAACUCGGAAUGACAUACUUGAAUUUGAAAAUGCUGACAAGGACAAGACUACAGAGCAAAAGCUCUCCAAGGUAACGACCGAGGAGAGCUUGACCACAUCCACCGGAUCCAGCGGUCGAGCCAUCAUUGAAAUAGCUCCUUCGAGCAGCGAAGAUCCUGAUGAGUCCAGUAAGGAAAUUCCGGAAAUUGUAAAUACAAUCUCAGAGAAGGCAGCCUCCACUGAUAAGUUUGAAUUGCCCUUAGAAAAAAGUGAGUGGGAAACAUCAGAAAAAGAAAUCCCAACUGAGGGCAAACCAAAAGUAGUUCAUUCGCCUCAACAACCCCAAGAAGCCAGCAUGAAGAGUACUCUCGAUAAGUUUCACGUAGAUGAAAUUCUUGCCGAAGAACAGGUAUCAGAGGAUCACUCCAGUAGUGAUCACAAGUCGUUUAAGGAGGAGAAAGACUUAAUCCCUUCAGAACUUGGAUCGAGUACCGUGCCGCAGGAAUACACUUUUGCUGUUGAGAGCGAGGACAUCUCAUCAUUCAUAGGCAUACCAGAAGCAAGCAUGCAGACCUCCACUUUGGAUAGUACACAGCCUCCAGAGGGUCUGUUCGACACCACAAUCAAGGAGACCCUCAAUAAACAAGCUGCCAUGGCCCAUUAUGCCCAAGAUGUCUUUGGCAGAGGGGAAAGACGCGAUGACCACGGAUCACUAGGUUUCAUUUCCACCGGCACAGCCGAAGAGUUGAGUUCCAUGGAAGAGCAGGUGGCAAAGGAGGAACAAGCCUCAUUGGGCUUCAUUUCCACUGAAACCGCCGAGGAUUUCAGCUCCAUGGAAGAUUAUUAUUCCGAGAAAUUGGCCGUCGCAAGUGUGGUUGCUGAUGAGGCUGCAACCGAAAAAUCAUUGACUACUAGCACUUUUGAAGAGCUUUCGUCUGAUCAAUCCAUGAAACCAAUCGAUGUUGUGGUUCAUCGACUUAAAACCGAGACAUCGCCGGAUUCCAUUAACCGUUGGUCUAUUCCCGAUGUAGACACCUCCAGCUCAAGCGAGAGCUUCCACAGAAGCUUCGACAAGACUCAAAGUCGACCCUUGUCCUCAGACUUGGAUAACCUUGUGACCACCACAGGUACUGGUACCUCAAGUGAUUACCAAACCGCAAGAGAAUUCACCACCACUGGCCGCACGGAGGGAACCGAAUAUAUUAGUGCAGUCAGCACCCUCGGAAGCAGUAGCUUAGACUCACAGUCGGAGACUUCGGCCAAUUUGGCCAGCAUUGAUGUGUCCGAGCUGUCGGAGACGUUGGUGGCCUCCUCUGCCGAAGUCGAUGCUUUUGAAGCCGAAGAGAUGUCGCGUCUGCGCGAUCUUCGAGCCGAUGACGAGGACAGUGAUGAGAGUGUAGAACUUCCGGGAACUGCCUAUCCAACCAGCGAACAGCAAAGCCUCAUGAAGCGGUCCCAGGAAAUGAUUUUCAAGCCAAAAAGUCUGGACGAGGAGCCCUUGCCCGUAGAGAUUGCGCAAAUCGAGGAAUAUCCCAAGCAAAAGGAGGCAGAGCGCACAUGGGGCCUGGCCUAUCCUUUGGAGGACAGCAAGGUGGAUAGUCCGCGGGAGAGUGAAAAAGGCGAGGACAUUCUGUUGUAUCACGGAGAUCCACGUCGGUCCAUUGACGAGUCCAAGUUGGCCUCUAGCCUAGACGAGGGCAGUAUUCUUUCCGUGAGCAUGUCAAGCACAUCCAACAUUGAUACUGUUGUAGAGAACUUUGAUGAUAUUAUUGGAUCCGCUGGAUCCUCUUCAUUGACCGGUAUCGAGGGUUUCCAGUACGGCCAUGACCCGGAAGAUGCCACAUUCAUGCUGGAAAUGGAGAGCAAGGAACAUUCACCGCAUGACUCUAAUGCCAGUACUCCUCCGGGAGGGGAAUCAAAACGCCGGGGUCACAAGCGAAAUGAGAGCAUUUCGGGAGAUGCCUUAAAGAACUUGGACAAGGAAGUUGCAUUACUGGGCGAAGGCAAGGAGUCGGAAAGCGAAUCGGACACUGAUCCCUACGAAUCGGAAUAUGCCCGCCAGUUCCGUUCCCCCAAAGAACGAAAGAGCAAAAAGAAGAAGCAGGCGGCAGCCGAAAUGGAUCAUAGUGGCGAACUGGAAAAGCGUCCAUUUACUCCAUCCCAGUUGGUAGCCGAGGUUAUCGUGGAGGACAGUAUCACAGAGGAGUUAGAGGCAGAGGCAGCGAUGAUCGAGGAGCGCCGCCCUUCCCAAAAUAUGCAGGACUAUUCAAACAUUCCCGACAUAAUGGUCACGGAGGAUAUCAAAUCGCCCAUCCUGGAGGAAGAGACCGACGAGUUUCCAGAAAAGAUGCUCUACAAAGUGCGCACCGAGGAAGAAUUGCACAAGGCAAGCGACGCCUCAGUAUAUCAGAAGGCAAAGGCCGAGGAGAAGGAGCAGGACUUUCAGCGACGAGUGCAGGAACAAUACCGCCAGAAGCUCGAGGAACUGAAGCGCGCCGAAGUUGGAGCCGAAUACGAUGAUCGCAAGGCUCCUGAUUCACCAGACUCCUUUGAAAUGGUCGAACAACCCGAUAUCUCGGAUGAAUUCGUUAUUAUCGAGGAGGUGGCCAAGGAGGCCAACGAAGUAGAUCUGGGCGGUCAGAGCAUUAAGAUUAAGCAAAUUAAGUACGAGCAAAAGCACGACGAGGAUGUUGAGAAGAUCAUCAUCAAGUCAGCGCCUGCGGAUCCCAAGCUCGGAUCACAGCUCUACAAGGAUGACCUGAACUUUGAGUUCGAGGAAAGUCCUCCCACUGGAGCCAGCAGUAGUAGCGAGCAGCAGGAAGAGAGCGAUUCUAGUGAAACAGCAGCUGCCAACAAGCGCUGGGUUGAGAUGCAGUUGACCGACAACCAGCUGCGAUAUCCGUAUGAUUUAGCCGGAGCCGUGUUGGAGGACAUUAAAGAGGAAGACGGAGAGUUCGAGGUGGGCAGCAGCCGUAUCAGCAGCUUCAAGGAUUCCUUUUCGAGCACCCCCGAGUACGAUGUGGCGGCACGGCGAUAUCAUUCACGUGGCGAGCACGACGAUGUCUCAAUGAGUAGUCUGCAGGAGUUUGAGUCUCUGGAGCAAGCCAUUUCCCUAGAGAACCGGAAUCGCACCCACCAAGGUUCCACUGAUUCGAGCAAUGGAAGCUUCACCCGCCGAUAUGUGGUUCGUCACAGUGGCAGUGGAACUGCACCCGGUGACGAUGUAUCGGUCUCAAGUCUCAAGGACUUUGAAGGUCUCGAGAAUGCCUGCAUCGAAGCCCACCUGAUAGAGAUCAAGGCCAGGGAGGAAGCUGCUCUACUUUCGCGCUCUGAUGAGUCUAAUAAAUCCAAUGGCAGCGAUAAAGGAGCCACGGGUAAUGUUGUGGUGACCAAGGUAACCCGCACAGUAACCCGCACCGAAGUGGUGCCCUCAAGUCAAGUUGAGAGCAUUGAAGCCCUGCUGAAGCAGAAGCUGGAGCGGGAGGAAGGAUUUCUUCAAGGUAAAGUCACCGACAUGGGCACCACUGAGUUGGAUACCAAGUCAAAGAUCGACAGCCAGGAUUCCGAAAAGGAUAGCAUCGAUAGCAUGGAGAUCAGCAAGAGUCAUGACAUGAUGACCAGCAGCAUCGAAAGCUUCGACAUCUCCAAGGACGCCACCACGAGAUCGGACAUUGAUUCCCUGGAGAUCGACAAGCGACACUCGCGGCAAGAGAGCAUAGAAUCUUUCGGCGAUGAGCAGUUGGAUCUCAUGACCAAGUUCGUUAGCGGCGGAGGAGUGACACUGGGUGAUGGACUGACCACCACCACGACCACGACUACCACCAGCACGGAUGCCGAUGGACACGAACACACGGUGACCAGGGUGAUAACCACAACAACAAAUGUGGGUGGCAUUCAGGAACUUCCAAUGGAUGAAUCCGGCAUGUCAAAGGACGUGUCGGUGGAUUCCCUAAAUAUGUGCGUGGAGCAAACAACCAGUUCGGCUGGCACAACGGCCACCUACCAAACCAGCGCUGGUAACUCCCAGAUGUCCGGGAGCGUAACCAGCUGUGCGUCCAGCACUCUCAUGGAGGAUUCGUUCCCUGGUGUGGGUGGCAUGUCGUCGUCGCAAAUGUCAGCCAGUUUUUGGUCUCACGAUGAAUCCACGGUGGUCGAGGACGAAGGACGCGAUCUCGCCCAGAAGCCACAACAGGGCCACUAAACGCUGGACGGGAUUAGGAGAGAGAGAGAGAAAGAGAAAACGAGAGGGAGAAGAAAAGAGAUAUAUAAGAGAUGUCACACGUAAUCCCAUAUGAAAAUGGGGCUUGAACGGUGACUUAGAAUAUUUGGCUAGAUAAGGCGCUCUUCUAGACGCAGCACCAAAUGCAGGAAUCUCUGGACGAGGAACGCAUCUUUACCGGCUCUGAAAACAUCACCGAUUUCAAAUCGAACAGCGAGAGGGAUUUAUUAAUUAGCAAAUUUGACAUUUUCCAUCUACACACAGACACACACACACACAUUUUUAAUGAUAUUGAAGUGCAUACACGAGUUUUUAAAGGCAAAUAUAUAUAUUUUAUAUAUUUAUAAAAACUAUAAAAUCGCAAACAUGAAUUCGAAUAUGAAUAUAUGGCAAGCAUUAGCCAUUCAACGCAUUUUCUUAUUGGCUUUAAUGUUUGAAAAUUAAUAAAAGUUACGGCAAAAACAGAAAAUCUUUGUGCUAGGCGUUGUAAUGGAAUACACCUUUGCUUUUAAUUUGAUGUAGUUAUUAUAUAUGUACAUGUACGAAGGAUACUUAUUAUUAAAUGAAUCGCUUAUUAUUGUAGUUUAAUUUAAGCAAUUAUACAAACGCAUGUGAAAAAAGGGACGCAAUGAAAUAGUUGAAGCGUGGCAAGUGAAAUGCUUUUAAAGUCUCAUUUUUUUACAAGAACCAAGCAAAUUUAUUCGCUUGCAUAUUUUAACAGUGAAAUAUACAUAAAUAUACAAUCUGAAAACCAGUGCAUAGAUCAAAUUUAAAGCAUAUAGAGACAAGAUAUGAAAUUAAUUUGCAUAGAAAUACAACAAAAACAGCCAUAAAGUUUAUCGCUAAUUUUCGUAAUUCACAUCUUGCGUGUACGAGUAUUCGUCAAAGAACCUACUUAUUGAAAGGAUUUAAACAUUUUAGCAUCACCACUGUAAUGGAAUAUGAAUAAAACUAAUAUUUGUGUUAAAAACAUACAAGAUAUAUUAAAAAAAACAUUAUUGUAUUGUAAACCCACACGCGUAUGAAUAACCAAAUAAAAUGCUUAAUACAAUU